GUAACUCCCCAUAAUGUCUCUGCUGCUGCUGCAUCCUUCGUAACACACGCAAAACUUUCCCUUAAGAAGCGCCACUAGCCAUGACAAUCGAGGGGCAUGGCAUGCUACUUGGAACGACUCUUCAGCGCCGGUAGUGUCUACUUAUGCCUCACUCUACUCUGGAAUUCCCUCGUGGUUGCUCUCAGUCUCCCUUACGCUUACUUCCCGUACCGGUCUCCACCUAAUCAACAUAGGAGGGGAUGCCAAUCCCUGUCUCUUUACUUGGCUCGUCGUACCAGCUUGUCGUUGGUCCACUUCUUAUUGGAGUCGUUGUCAAUGCGCUCGUUUUCGGAAUCUGCGUCAUGCAACUGAUCGCGUACUUUCUCUCGGAAUUCAAGGACAAUUGGUGGAUACUGGGGAUGUUAUGCUGGAUCUACGCAAUCGACACAUUCCAAGUGUGCACAUCUGUUUCAAUGCUCUGGCAUUACACCGUUACGAACUUUGCCAACCCCAUUUCGCUCGCAUUCGCCCCAUGGGAGUACGCCACAGUACCUGUAUUUUCGUCAAUUGCACCUGUCCCGAUCCAUUUCUUCAUGGCCUACCGCAUUAUGCGCUUCUCUCGUUCAAAGCUCCUAUUUGUUUAUAUCGCGGCAUUGUCAUUGGGUCAAGCCGUAUUAGCGUGUGCAGGCGCCGCUCAGGGUCUGACACAUACUACGAUCCAAAGCCAUAUUAUGCUUGUCCCAACCGAGGUUGCGUGGAUUAUAUUGAGCAUCUUAUGUGAUUUGAGCAUUUCCGGUUUAUUGUUAUACUAUUUAUCGAGGAGCCGGACUGGAUUUGAACGGACAGACUCGAUCAUUUCGAGAAUAUGUACAACGAUCAUCAAGGCUUCUGUACCAGGAACCAUUCUCUGUAUCCUUGACCUGUGCUUCCUUAUGACGAUGCCAGACAACAAUUUGCAUUAUAUGUUCCUGCUGCCUGUCGGACGGCUAUACACGAACACUGUUCUCUGUACACUGAAUGAACGCAGACGGCUUCGCUCGCACUUGGAGAACUUGACGUCGAACCAGCAGGGCAUUAAUCUUGCCACGAUUGCUUCCUCGAGACGCCACCUCCAACGGAACACUAUGCACGCUCAUUCUGACGUGGACGAAACUCUCGAUCAGAAUGGACCAUUAGACCUCGAGAGCAUACUCACUGGUCUUCGAAUGAUGAAGGCUGGCGAUGGCUUCGUUGAUAUCAAGCUUGGUCCACGCGAAGGAUCGUUGGAAGAUCAAUACGUUACGGUCAAUGCGCUGUUGCGUGGGAAUGGAUGUAGGACUCAGAGUACUGGUAGUACAGAAGUGGGGGGCGAAGAGGCAGAGAGCGUGCAGGUGAGGUUUGAGCAUGGUAGUUCUGUGACGUGCGGGGAUAAGGUCUCCACCGGAGAAGGAGUUGGUACUGACGAUUAGGUGCAAUAUGACUUCCCUACUUCCACCCCUUUUCCAUUACUAUAGUCAUUGUCAUACCCCUUAAUCAACACCCGCACUUCUGGGCCUUGGUACAUUACUUACGGUAUUAUUACAAUCAUUCCCCAUCCUCGUAUCUGCCUUCUCUUGAAUCGGACUGUAAAUAUCGUGGAGUAGACACUGUACUUUUUUAUUAAUCA